AUGGGAGUAGAAGGCACGGAUGAAGGUGCUUCUGGAGCCCAACACUCUAGAAAGUUAGUCAGCUUUACCCUAUCAGAUAUUAGAGCAGUUGGACUUAAAAAAGGCAUGUUCUUCAACCCUGAUCCUUAUCUAAAGAUGUCCAUUCAGCCAGGCAAGAAAAGUACAUUUCCUACAUUUGCUCAUCAUGGCCAGGAAAGAAGGUCAACUAUCAUCAGUAACACAACUAAUCCUGUUUGGCACAGAGAGAAAUAUUCUUUUGUUGCACUUCUAACAGAUGUCCUGGAAAUUGAGGUUAAAGACAAAUUUGCCAAGAGUCGUCCAAUCAUCAAGCGCUUUCUUGGGAAGUUAACCAUACCAGUUCAGAGACUAUUGGAGAGACAUGCAAUUGGAGACCAGGUUGUCAGCUAUAAUCUUGGCAGAAGGCUCCCAGCUGAUCAUGUAAGUGGAUAUCUCCAAUUCAAAGUGGAAAUCACGUCUUCUGUUCAUGAAGAUGCUUCGCCAGAAACAGUUGGCACUUUGCUAGGAGUGAACUCUGUAAAUGGAGACUUGGGAAGCCCCUCCGAUGAUGAGGACAUGCCAACAGGACAUCAUGAUACAUCCACAGUGUGUUCCAAUGGUCCAGUCCUCGAAUCUUCUGGAGAAGCAAUCCUGAGACACCCUUUAAGGACUAGUACAACUCUGGAAACGGACCAGGAUGAGUUGACCUCUGGUGCUUCAAGAUCUUCACCUACCAGAGGUUGCCAGGACUCACUAAAUGACUAUCUGGAUGCAAUAGAACACAAUAAUCAUCCCAGACCCGGGACGUCUGCCUGUGGUGAGCGUCCACGUGGAGCCUCCCCAAAACUGAGGAGUAGCUUCCCUACUGACACAAGACUUAAUGCUAUGCUUCACAUUGACUCAGAUGAAGAGGAGCAUGAGCUACAUCAAGACGUGGGUUUUCCGUCUUCCUUGGAAGACGAUGGUGGUUUAGUAAUGCUUAAUGGUGCUACAAGAAAUGUUGAAAGAAAUAGUUUAGGUUACUCAUCAGAUCAGGUAAUGCAAAGGCCUGCAGAGAAUGAAAACGUUUCAGCCUCUGAAGCUCCUUUGCCAUCAGCUGACGACCAGCAUCAGCAAGGGACUCUCCCAGAGCUUCCACCAUCACAGUUAGCAGGAGGUGAAAGCCUGCAAGGUUCUCAAAGUGAAGCACCAGCAGAUCAGGCUGGCAGUGAGUCAUGUGCUGCUCAGGAGUCAGAGCAGCCUCCUAGCAGUGUGGAGGCAGGAGCUGCUGAUGCUGCUGCUGGGAGCAGAAGGGGUGUUAGUGAAACUGAAUCAGUUGAUCAAGGGUCUGAACCUUCCCAGAUAUCAUCAGAAACUGAACAGAGUGAUCCUGCUCGUACAGAAAGCGUCAGUGAGGCUAGUACCCGUCCAGAAGGGGAGAGUGACGUGGAAGGGGCAGACAGCUCUUGCAAUGAAAGCGCAACUGUGCGACAUUCCUCAGUUGAAAUGCGGUGUUCCUCUUUUGAAAGUGCCAGGUUUCCUGAGACUCCAGCGUUUUCUUCUCAGGAGGAGGAAGAGGGAACUUCUGGCAUUGAUGCAGCUAGAACUGAGCCAAGUGCUGAAACACAGGACUCUGCAAGUACUUCUGGUUCCCUACCUGCGGUACAGUUACCUCAGGAGGAGGUACAGGAGGCUGAGGCAGGUGAAUUACAAGACCAAGAUGAAGCAGAAGAAAUCUGGCAAAGAAGAAGCCUGCAGGCAGCAGCUGCCAGUAGUCAGUCUCAGGAUGAAGAAACUGAAGGAGCCCAAGCAGCUUGUGAGGGUGCCACAGCACAGGUUGAAGGAGCUACUGGAGGUUCUCAAGCCAAUGGCCAUCAGCCCUUGAGGUCGCUGCCUUCGGUACGUCAGGAUGUUAGCCGGUACCAGAGAGUGGAUGAGGCUUUACCACCAAACUGGGAGGCUCGAAUUGACAGCCAUGGACGGAUUUUUUACGUGGACCACGUGAACAGGACAACAACAUGGCAGCGACCCACAGCCCCCCCAGCUCCACAGAUUCUCCAGAGGUCAAAUUCCAUACAGCAAAUGGAACAGCUGAAUCGCCGGUACCAGAGCAUCCGAAGAACAAUGACUAAUGACAGGCCUGAAGAGCAUACAAACGCUGUGGAUGGAGCUGGAGAGGAAACUGAUUUCCACCAUUCUAAUGCAGAUUUUCGAAGGGAGAAUGUGCUGCCUCACUCUACCUCCAGAUCCAGACUGACUUUGUUGCUCCAGUCUCCCCCUGUGAAAUUCCUUAUCAGCCCAGAGUUCUUUACAGUGCUGCAUUCAAACCCUAGUGCCUACCGCAUGUUUACAAAUAACACAUGUUUGAAGCACAUGAUCACCAAAGUCCGGCGGGACACCCACCAUUUUGAGCGCUACCAGCAUAAUCGUGAUUUGGUGGGCUUCCUCAACAUGUUUGCUAACAAACAGCUGGAGCUGCCGAGAGGUUGGGAAAUGAAACAUGACCAUCAGGGCAAGGCUUUCUUUGUUGACCACAAUUCCCGCACUACCACAUUCAUUGACCCCCGGCUUCCCUUGCAGAGUAGCAGGCCCACUAGCGCGUUAGUCCAUCGUCAGCAUUUAACUAGACAACGCAGCCACAGUGCUGGUGAGGUCGGAGAGGACUCCCGUCACACAGGCCCACCAGUUUUGCCAAGACCGUCUAGCACAUUUAAUACAGUCAGCCGAGCUCAGUACCAGGACAUGGUUCCAGUGGCUUACAAUGACAAGAUUGUUGCAUUUUUGAGGCAGCCCAAUAUAUUUGAAAUUCUGCAAGAGCGUCAACCGGAUCUUACCAGGAAUCAUUCACUCAGGGAGAAGAUCCAGUUCAUCCGGACAGAGGGAACUCCUGGGUUGGUGCGUUUAUCCAGUGAUGCAGACCUUGUCAUGUUACUCAGCUUGUUUGAGGAGGAGAUAAUGUCAUAUGUGCCACCACAUGCCUUACUUCAUCCUAGUUAUUGCCAGUCCCCAAGAGGCUCGCCAGUGUCUUCGCCUCAGAACUCUCCAGGUACUCAGCGUGCCAAUGCCCGAGCUCCAGCUCCUUACAAAAGAGAUUUUGAAGCCAAGCUGAGGAACUUUUACAGGAAGUUGGAGACUAAAGGAUAUGGACAAGGCCCAGGGAAGUUGAAAUUAAUCAUUAGGAGAGACCACUUGCUAGAAGAUGCCUUUAACCAGAUCAUGGGCUACUCAAGAAAAGACCUGCAGAGAAAUAAACUCUAUGUCACGUUUGUUGGGGAAGAAGGGUUGGACUACAGUGGACCUUCAAGAGAGUUUUUUUUCCUGGUGUCUAGAGAGCUCUUCAAUCCGUAUUAUGGUUUGUUUGAAUAUUCAGCCAACGAUACCUAUACAGUACAGAUAAGUCCCAUGUCUGCUUUUGUAGACAAUCACCAUGAGUGGUUCAGGUUUAGUGGUCGAAUUCUUGGUCUUGCUCUGAUACAUCAGUAUUUGCUAGAUGCCUUUUUUACACGACCCUUUUAUAAAGCCCUCCUCCGAAUACUCUGUGACCUGAGUGACCUGGAAUAUCUUGACGAGGAGUUUCACCAGAGUUUGCAGUGGAUGAAAGACAAUGAUAUACAUGAUAUCCUAGAUCUCACUUUUACUGUAAAUGAAGAAGUUUUCGGGCAGAUCACAGAACGGGAACUAAAGCCAGGAGGUGCCAACAUCCCAGUCACUGAAAAGAACAAAAAAGAAUAUAUAGAAAGAAUGGUGAAAUGGAGAAUUGAGAGAGGAGUUGUACAACAAACAGAAAGCCUAGUUCGUGGUUUCUAUGAGGUGGUUGAUGCGAGACUUGUGUCUGUAUUUGAUGCCAGAGAACUGGAACUGGUUAUAGCUGGAACAGCAGAAAUUGACUUGAGCGACUGGAGAAAUAAUACAGAGUAUAGAGGAGGUUAUCAUGACAAUCACAUUGUAAUUCGGUGGUUCUGGGCUGCUGUGGAAAGGUUCAACAAUGAACAACGACUAAGACUUUUACAGUUUGUUACAGGCACGUCCAGCAUACCUUAUGAAGGAUUUGCCUCUCUACGGGGGAGCAAUGGUCCAAGAAGGUUCUGCGUAGAGAAGUGGGGGAAGAUCACUGCUCUUCCAAGGGCUCACACUUGUUUCAAUCGUCUGGACCUUCCCCCUUAUCCAUCUUUCUCUAUGUUAUAUGAAAAACUGUUGACAGCAGUUGAAGAGACGAGUACUUUUGGACUUGAGUGA